AUGGAAACCAGAAGCGGCCCGGUACAAGAUCGAAAGCGGGACAGUCCAAGCCAAGAUUCUCCCACCGAUGGUGCUGCCACAGCCGCAGCUCUUAAACGCCAACGAAUUGUCGAAACAGACCCGGCUGUGAUUUCUCAAACUCUGGCCGAAAACCAGCCAACGGGGAUCAGUAAUGACGGAAUCAUGAUCCAUCUACAGCCAAGCUUUGCAGAUCGUGCACAUGUGCUUGAGCAGAUCUCGUCCCUUCCGGACGGACCCCUGAAGCAAGCUUUGCUGGGAGCCCUCCAGCCUCAGGCUCUCCUGAGCGUCCCGGAACAGCUUGUUUUUGCCAACAAGGCAGCCGCCGCCCUGGUUUCUACGGUACUAGACCAUCAGCUGCGGAUCCAGCCCCCUAGAGCCGCCAAGUGGGGUGACAGCAGCGUCAACGACGCGGUGUUCAGGCGCAUCCAAAGUUUGCUCCACAGCGACGACCUCGAACACAUAGACGACGUGAGGCGAGAUUUCCUCAUUGAAACGUUCGCCGAGAUGGUCGUAAACUGGAUGGACGUGCGGUUCCGAACCAUGGACGACCACGGCAUCCAGGCACAGGCGUGGAGGCCGCAGGAAGAGCAGCAAGAUGCCGAGCCGGCGCGGACGCCAUGGCACACCCGGCAAUUUGUCAGCGCGAUGAUCCACGGCGGAAAUCUCGGCCACGACGCCGUGUUUGUCGUGCUGGAUGUCAUCAUCACCCGGUACCAUGGUGGUGAAAGUAUCAGCAGCAGCAGGGCCGCGUUGGAGAGAAAAGGGGUUCUCGACAGCUUCAAGCUCAUGUACAGCCUCGAUGCGGACCAGGCGCUCUGGCUGGCGCAGAGGGCGUGGCUGCAGAAGGAGGAGGAAGUCAGAGUGGGUGUUGGGGUCGGCGAGUUCGUCAAGACGGUCAGGCUGAUCAACCGCUAUGUGUCAUGGUAUGGCAAUCCUCUCUACAUGGGCACGAGAGGAAAGAAUCGACGCAAUUUAAUCAGGAGCAAGGAUGCGGAGAAAGCGUGGAUCGAGUUCAUCGAGGUGGUUUGCUCCAUCUGCAUGGAAAGAGAGGCGCGGCUGAGCGAGAAGAUGGCGAGGAAUUUACGUGCAAAGUCGAGGGCCCUGGUCUCGGAGUGUCAGCAGCUGGAUGGAUGGGCAAGGGGAGAAGAGUUGCCCAGGUGGGAGGUCGCUCAGGUGGAGCACCUUGUGGAGGUUAUGGAUGUUGGAGACUUUGAGUAA